UUAUAAUGAGUCCAAGUUUAAUUCCAUGUAAUGAAUUUUUACAUUGUAAAGAUUGAAUAAUUUGUAAAUAUAAAAUAUUAGGAGUGAGUUUGUGAUGUACAAAAAUUAAGUGAGAACAAACAUUUCAUAAUAAAACAUCGCAUUUUUAUUAAUUAAAAUUUUUAUUUAUACGUAAACUGUUUUUGUUGUGCGUAAUAAAAAGGAUGUAUAAUUGAAAACCAUGGCUUACAUUAGGGGUACGAUGAAAAAAAGAUUGAAAGUGCUAAGCAGUCUUAACAGCUAUUGUAUCUGCGAUUAUUGUUUAAGAAAAUUCGAAAGCAAACCAAUACUUAUAUCUCACAUAGAAACGUGCGUCCAGGACAGAACGUGCAAAGUAUGCAAUAUAAUUUUCGAAAACGAAGGAAUUUUCCUCGCUCACAUAAGAAACGUACAUAUAAAGAGCGAAAAGUUGGAUUUUACCAGUAGCCUUAACAAAUAUUGCUUGUGCAAUCAUUGCUCUAAAAAAUUCCAAAAUAAACUAAAGCUGGCGAAACAUGUGGAAAACUGUAUUGAAAACAGGACAUGCAAGUGGUGCAAUCUGGUGUUCAAGAAUCGUGGGAAUUUGGUUACUCAUGCAUAUCACAUACAUGGAGAUAGAAGCAACAAAAGGGAAUCCAGACAGAACUUGGAGAAGAUGACCUGUAAGCCCUGCAACAGAACUUUCUCAGAGUACUUCCGCUUGAAGUACCACAUAAGGAGUGUCCACUUCAAUCUGAAGCCGAGGCUAUCAGAACGUGACUAUAUGGACAUAAACCAGACCUGGUACGAAGGAGUUGCAAACACGAACGCUGUAGUCAAAAUCAAGAAGAUAGCUGAUAACAUGUUGAUCAUGAAAAGAUAUAAAGGGCACAAACCAGUUCAAAUCCUGAAGAGAGACAAGGUUCUGGACCUCACGGAUUCCUAUCCUACUUACACCUCGAAACAGCAGAUCAAAUGCACUGUCUGCAAGCAGAUGAUGCUGAAACGAGAUCUGAAGCUGCACUAUGAAGAACGGCAUACGCAGAACAUCAAGCACGAAUGCAGCAAAUGCAAGGCUACUUUCAAGAGAUCUUAUUUCUACGCGCGUCAUAUCUGCUGCAAAGAAGAGGUGAAGACGGAACCCACAUAAUGGCUUUGUAGCUUUCCAAAUGGGUCUUCGACAGCGCCGAUAAUAAAGUAAAGAAAGAAUAGGUUUUUCCAGAAAAUCAAACAAUCAUACAGACGAUUCUAUUAGGGACAAUUAUAUGAAAUGUAUUUUCGAACGAACUGGUUAUAUGUUAGGCUUCCAAAAUAAAUUUGAUUAAAUAACGUGAUAUUGUUAUAUUUAUAUAUUAUUAUAAUAAAACACAUGAAUGUAUUAAAAUUGAAGUCAAGACUUAUUACUUAUUAUAUUAUCUUAAAUGUAUUAUAAAUAUCUUACAAUAAAUGGCACUAUCUCGAUUA